CCUUGCAUUGCACACUUUGCUAUUUUAAUAUUUUUAAUUUCACCGCCAUGGUCGGGAAGUGACCGGAAUUUGGUGAAAAAACUGGCUACAAUUAAUUUGCCAAACUUCCAAUACGAAGCAAAAUUACUCUCCCGUGAAUUGGUUUGCUCAGCGCUCAUAUUGUGACAACAAGACAAGUUGAAAGUGUAAAGCCAGCAUCGCAGUGCACAUGGCAGCGUCGAGGGCUGACGCAGAAGUUACAUCGACCGUCAAGUCUGGCUCGGACAGCAUGUACGAUGAGGACGAUGAGGUCCUCAGGAUAAGCUACAGAGAUGUCCCGGAUGACUUUUUCGACAGCUUGGUGACGGACGAGUGGUCGGGAGAGAAGAGCAACUCAAGAGAUCGUGCCGGACCUUCAAAAGAAGAAGAUCUGCGUGUCGUGAUCAAGGAGAAGAAGUCAAUAGGAGAAUCUUCUAGGAAGAGCGUCAACGAAAGAAGAAAGACUACGGACAGUGACAAGAGGAGCGACAAUGGAAAAGAACCUGUAAUUGGUCCUCGAAGGUCUCGAACUCCAGAGAAGCGGAAGGGAGGUGAUGUCAAAAGAGGCUCACCCAAGCGACGAAGGUCUAUUUCGCCUCGGAGGAGGUCCAGGUCUCCUCUGCGAAGACCGCCGCCUGCUCGUCGCAGAUCACCUUUGAGGAAGCGGUCUCCCUCACCAAGGCGUUUAUCUCCAAGAAAGCGUUCUAUUUCACCUAGGAGGAAGUCUCCAGUGCACCGAAGGUCAUCGCCUCGGAGGAAGUCUGGCUCCAGAAGUCCGAAACGUCGCAGGAGUCCCAGUCCGGACUUGUUCUCGGCUCGAAUGAACAGCCGUAGAAACAGGCCGCGAAGAAGCACGUCGCCCAAGAGGAGUCAUUCCACCAGUUUGUCACCUGAAAAUACCAACUCCAGGUACAGGGAACCCAUGAAGUUGGGAAUGUCCAGAAUUAGAGGAAGGACUCCACCACGAAGCCGAACCCCACCACAAAUGAGGAGAAGUCGAACUCCUCCAAGGCCAUUCUUGCCUGGUGCAAUGCCAACUAUGGUGUCUCAACCGUCUCUAGAGGAAAUUGCUAGUGGUGCCGUGACUCCUUAUGGGAUGCCAGCCUACCCUCCUUACCCUGGCCAGAUGAUGUACAACUACCCUCAGGGCCCAUACCCUGCCCCCUUGAUGUCUGGCUAUCCUCAGCAUCAGUUUCACGGCGUUGCAAUCCCGCCAGUGCCUGGAGUCGACGCAUCAACUCUAUCUACAGCCUAUCCUCUGCCUCAGCCUGUACCAAAACCAACCGAUAAUGUAGAAUAUCCACCGGUCGUACCUUCCAAGCCAACUGUGAAGCCAAAACAAAGCAAGAAAGCACCUCCACCACCUUCUUUGGCUUCUUUGGACACUUCUAUGACAAAGGAUAGUUUAACUUCUGCAAUGUCUGCAUCAAGUGUUUAUGAAGUAGAGGAUCCAGGCACAAAGAAAAGCAUGAAACUUUCAGACUACCUUGCUUCGAUGACUGCUGCCAGUCAUAAGCCAAUGGAGUACAAAAAACACGUGGACGACCGUAUCAAGGCUGCAAUUGCAAAGUUCGAUGCUACUUUCCUGCAGCCGCUUCGAUUCCACGUCACACCUUCGACAGUCACCAUAGCUGAGAAAGAGAACACAGGAGUUUCCAACCCCAACCAGUCACCCCUGCUGAAAAACCCAACAGUCAAAUUGGGUAACUUGAUUCGACCCUUGAACCUGCGUGCCUUGAAGAUUCCUGACAAGCCACAGUUUGUGUGCAAAAAGCCUGAACUGGCUCCCCCGAAGCCGGAGAUUUCCAUCAAGACUCUGCUGUCCAAGAAACAGCCUGUCAAGAGGGACACCUGCACAUCCCCCAUCCCAGUUUUGACAGAAGAUUCGUGGUGCCAGACAGACCCGAUUCCUGAGCCGCCACCCCCCGUCUGCUACGAAUGUGAAGAGCGCAGCAGGAAGACCUACAUGAAUCACUGGACUCAGGUGAAGAGGGUUGAGCUAGUCAACAUGGCCAUCCAGACUGCUGAUUUGCCAAUCCCGCCGAUGCAUCGUCUAGGACCGCCGGUUGAUCCAUUUGAGGAAGAUUUGAGACACAGUCUGCAGUCAAGGACUGUUUCUCCGUGGGAGUACAACAAUGAAGUACUGGAGGACGAAUCUCCUCGUCAUACACCAGAAUUAUUGAUGGGCCACAGAGAAAGAUCAAGGAGUCCACCACCAAGGUACAUCUCUCCUCCGCCAUACAUCCCGCACCAGCCGAUCUACAAUUCACCUCCUCAUGAGGUCUACCGCUCGCCAUCUCCUCCACCGAGGUACAUCCCGUCUCCUCGUCGCUCUCCUACACCACCACCACGAAGGAGGAACAGCUUCUUCUGUGGAGAGUGCAACAUCGAGAUGAAUUCGGAAGCUCAGCUGAACCACCACCGUCGGACUCAGCGCCAUCUGCAGAGGUUGGAGGUCAUGGAAAGUGAACGUAGGGCCCAGUACGAGAGGCCCGCCUAUGACAGAGCUGAUCGCAGAGGCCCUCCGCGGCACUCAGACAGCGGCAACUACUCUGGAAGUGUGUGGAACAUCAGGAAGCCCUAUUAGAGCUACUGACUUUCUGUGAGUUUUUGUUCCAAAUUUUUAUUAUGUUCCUUAAUUUGGAAAUCUAUUUUCAAUUAUUUAAAUUCAAUACAUUUUGGGUAUAUUAUAGAUCUGUGGCAUAAUUCAUCAAACAAGGGAAUUACUGAUGAAUCUGAAUAAUCAAUCUGAAACUUUCAUAACUUGCAAUAAAAUUAAAUAAGAACUAGGCUAAUUAAUGAACUUUAAAUUUACUCAUUCUCAAAGCUUGAUGAUCCAUGACUUGAACAAAGGUGUAUCUGAGAAAAUUCCGCAUCUUUGAAAUUUAUAAACUUUACUAUUUUCAUAAGAAAAAAGUACAGUUUAAACAUUGUGUUCAUUUUUUUUUUUUGCAAAUUUUCUGCAGGUGUGACCAUAUUUAUUAUGAAUACCUUCAGUUGCCAGUUAAUAAUAAAAUCAGUGUUAAGACCUUUGGCUACAAUAAAUUGUGCCACAUUCUGUACUUAGAUUAAGCUGAAAUAGCUCUUAGUUUGUGUCUAUUAUUCUCGAAAGUAAAAUUGAAUGUAACUGAAAUAAAGGUAGAGCCUAAAAAUAA